AUGUACAAUGAAGCAUUGAUUGCUAUUGAGGAUCUUUGCAUUGUCAUUGCCAACUUACCACUUAGUAAUUUCGGUAUGAAUUCGCCAAAUCGAACUGCAUCUGAUUUAAUGAAUACUGAAAUGAAUCAUGAACUGCAGUACAGUACUGUAGAAAUGGCAGCGAUUGUUGCCCGCAAUGUCCCACUAAUGAAUGAGGAACAAAGAACCAUUUAUGAUCGCAUUAUGCUCGCAGUUUCAGCUGGACAAGGUGGGUUCUUCUUUUUGGAUGCACCGGGUGGAACUGGCAAAACAUUCGUUAUUUCGCUAAUUCUUGCUGAAAUACGAUCAAAUAAUGGCAUCGCAUUGGCCGUUGCAUCAUCGGGCAUUGCAGCAACUUUAUUGGAUGGAGGUAGAACAGCUCAUUCAGUAUUUAAGCUGCCACUAAAUAUUCAGAAUAAUCCUGACGCAGUGAUUUCAGACAAACACUUCCAGUCAUUCCACGUUCAACAUACGCUGAUGAGAUCAACGCUUGCUUAA